AUGACUUCCAAGCUUGUUAAGUUUUAUUGGUUGGUCAGUCUCAGUUCAGCCAUUGUCUUCAUCAGCAUUUCAUACAUCCAGCAGUCGGUGGCUCAAAAUCUGGGUUUUCUUAUUCCGUUCGUUUCCGUCUUGAUGGGACUGAUCACAAUUCACAUGGCACGUAGUGAAAUGAUUUAUCAGCCCCCCAGAGGUAGCUGCCUGUUGACCGUCUGUGGCAUAAUCAUCAAUGCACUGAAGGUGUGUUGCGUACAAUGCCGCUAUUUCAGUGGGAACGUGGCCAACUCGGACCACGCCAAGGAAAACUAUGGAGGCCACUACACCGAAACACAAGUGGAAAACACAAAAUUGCUCAUCCGUCUCUUUCCUUUAUUUGCCUUCCAGGUCCUUUAUAGAUCGUGUGUUAUGCAGAUCCCAUCUGGAUAUAAUAUACAGGCAAUGAAUUCCAAUCUGAAUUUGAAUGGAUUCCUUUUGCCGAUCGCUGCCAUGAAUUUAAUAAGCAUCUUGCCAUUUUUAAUUCUGGCGCCCCUUCUGGAGUGUGUCAAUGCUUGUUUAAUGAACGCCAAAACAAGUGGAUGGUAUCCAAUGAUCUGUAUUGUUGUAGGUAACACCUCUGCAACUCUUUCCAUGGCGGUUGCUGGUUUCUUUGAGCUACGUCGGAAGCAUUUCCCUCUGGUUGAACAGACUCUUUUCGGAAAAGCUCUCCUUGUUUCUUCCAUGCCGUGUCUCCAUCUGGCUCCACAAUACCUCUUGCUUGGCGUAGCAGAAACUCUGGUGACACCUACCUGUGUCUUCAUCACAUUCCGAUUUCUGCCAGGCCAAAUUCGUGGGGUUGCCAUGCAAAUCUUGACUUUCUUCAAUGGAGCUGGUUGCAUCAUGGGUGCCUUCCUUAUCCAAACAACUUACAUUGGCUCACAAGGUGAGUGGUUUCCAAACGUUCUAAAUGAGGGUAAAUUUGAGAGAUUUUUCUUCUUCUUGGCCUCAUUAAUGAUUGUGAACAUUUUAGGCUUCUGGACCAUUUCACACAAAUAUAAUAAUCUCCAGGAAGACUACGAUGAAGGAUUCAGAGGGAGCCUUCUUCAGGAGCAGCUUUUACAGCAUGAGAAAUCACUUAAAUUUUAUGAUAGCAUCCUAGUUUGCCCCUCUUCCUUAUCCCGGAUGGAAACUCUCCUGUGAACUUACCCUCUGAAAACGACCGGCUGAGAACUUGAUCUACUCUGUCUUCAGACUAUUGCCUGUCAGAUUUUAAUGAUGUGUUCCUUCCUUUGUUUAUGGAUUGACUUAGCAAUAGGGGAUCGUAGUUUGUCUUUUUCAUGUCUGCUUCUCCCUGUGAAAAUUAAUUCUAUAAGUUCAGGACUUAACACCUGAAUGAUUCUAAAUCCAUGCAUCUCAUUCGCUUUCCUAUCGCCGAGAGCCUCAUGGGUGACAAAGCCUUUCAAAUAAGGCACCUUGAUAUAUUUUUUUUCUAAUCUCAUGCUCCAUAUCUAGUACAGCUACCAGAUUUGGUUUGCAAAAAUCCACAUGUUGGCAUCACAGCGUUACAGUUGUCUUCUUUCUCUCUGCUGCCAUAUAGUGGUCAUCUGGAUUUUUGCAGGUUGUGCUUGGUAGCUCCGUAUAUAGAGCAUGGGUGG